UGACUUGCCGCCGCUGGCCUUUCCCAUGGUCCAGGGAGUCAGCAGUAAGGGAUGGCGGGACGUCACCACCUUUUUUUCUGGGAAGGCGGAGGACCCCUCAGAUAG